AAAAAAAAACAUUUUUGAGGUCAACAAACAUUUCCCAGCUGUUUAGGCUGCCAGUCCUCAUUUCAGCUGAUGUCUUGUUGUUCUGCGAUGAAUUUAUCCGAAAAUUCAAGUAUCAAUUAAUUCAAUCAUCGCAUUUCCGAAAAAUGUGGUUUCAAAUUUAAAUAUAGUAUCCGACCGGGGCUUUAACCUGUUUUUCAUUUUCGAAUGACGUAAUAGCCAUUAGGCACAAAAACAAAGAACUUGCAUUUUGCAAGUCAGGAGCUGUAAAAUCUGGAAAGCAAGGGGGUUAAUUGCGCAGUCAAAAUAAAUCUGGACAGUGAUUCGUCGGGUGACGACGGUGGUUCUGAACCUCCGCGCAAAAGAGCUCGUAAAGAGCAGACAGGUGCGUCAGCAAGUAGUGAGAUGCAGCAACAACAGCCCGCCAGCAAUGGCGUUAUCGAAAACGGUGCCGCUCCCUGCUCGUCAAACGGACACUGUGGAGACGUAACAGCCAAUGGGGUCGCUUCUCUCGAUGAGCGUUCUCAAGAGAUCGUCCGGAUUAUAGGGCAGUAUCUUAGCAGUGAAGGACUCAGUCGGGCCUGCGAUACUUUAAUGAACGAAUCCGGAUGUCGAUUGGAUCAUCCAUCUGCGACGAAGUUUAAACGACAUGUCUUGGAUGGAGAUUGGACAAAAGCUGAUCACGAUUUACAGGAACUUAGACCCAUGCUUGCGGCAAACAAUAAUAUUAUGGACAUGAAAUUUUUACUGCUUGAGCAAAAAUAUCUAGAAUACCUAGAGGAUGGUAGGGUUCUAGAUGCUCUUCAUGUACUAAGAAACGAGCUGACACCCUUACAACACAACACUGCUAGGGUCCAUCAGCUUUCUAGCUUUAUGAUGUGUUCAAGUAUAGAAGAAUUACAUGAAAGAACAAACUGGAAAGGUAAAGGUCAAGAGUCUCGCUUAGCUCUAAUGGAUAAACUACAAAACUUUUUACCACCAAAUGUCAUGCUACCUCCCAAUCGAUUGCGCCAUCUUUUAGAACAAGCUUUGGAGCUACAGACGUUGUAUUGUACUCACCAUAAUACUCAGGAAAAAGUUACUCUGGGUAACUCUUCUUUGCUGCAAGACCAUUUAUGUACUAAAGACAAUUUUCCUGUACAUACUAUACAGGUUCUUAAUGAUCACUGUGAUGAAGUUUGGUAUUGCGAAUUCUCGCCAGAUGGUACCAAACUAGCUACCGGUUCUAAGGACACUAACGUCAUUAUAUGGGACGUGAAUCCUGAAACUUGUACUUUGUCUUUAAGGAAAGUAUUGGAGGAGCAUAGUUAUGGUGCCGCAUAUAUAAGUUGGAACCCAGACUCUAAACAUUUACUGGCGUGUGGACCCGAAGAAAGUCCAGAGGUAUGGCUGUGGAACCUUGACACUGACAAAUAUUUGAAAGUGUCCCAAUCACCGGAAGAUGCCUUAACUUGUUGCGCCUGGCACAAAGACGGCAAUAAGUUUGUUGUUGGUGGAAUCAGAGGACACUUCUAUCAAUGUGAUAUGGAAGGUAACGUCUUAGAUUCCUGGGAGGGUGUCCGGGUAAGCGGCUUAAAGUACCGUAGCGAUGGUAAAACGGUACUGGCCGCCGAUUCUCAUCAUAGAAUUAGAGGUUAUGUUUUUGAAGAUUUAGCGGACCAACAGCUUAUACAAGAGGACCAUCCGAUAAUGACCUUCACCGUAGACAAGAACGACCGUUUGGCGCUUUUAAAUGUUGCCACUCAGGGUGUUCAUCUUUGGGAUUUGAAUGAUAAACAUUUGAUUAGACGUUACCAAGGGGUGACUCAGGGUCAUUUCACUAUUCAUUCUACUUUUGGGGGGUGCAAUCAAGACUUUAUAGCUAGCGGAAGCGAAGAUAAUCAAGUAUAUAUCUGGCACGUGAGAAACGAGCAACCGAUAGCCACCCUUCGAGGGCAUACCAGGACAGUGAACUGCGUCGCCUGGAAUCCCGUCUACCAUCACAUGCUCGUAUCGGUGAGCGACGAUUGCUCGAUCAGGGUGUGGGGCCCGAAGGACAAAGUGCCAAAACCGUCCGGGGUCAGCUAAUAUAUGGGGGACGACGUCUUGACGGACAUUGUCGUUCACUCUAAACAUGACAUUUUCUCUAAGCCGGCGUAGUAGGGGCUCAAUUUGGGUAGUAGAACGCGUGGGCGGGUUGUUUUCUAUAUAUUUUUUAUUUACUUGCCAAGUAAUUAUGGGGAUGGUGAGUAGUUCGGAGAGAGUUUUUGGUCAAAUUAUUGGUUUGCUAAAAAAUUGAUAUGCUAGGUUUUAAAGUUAUGAGGUUUUAAAUGAUCUUCUUUAAUCUUUUUUUAAACAUUCUGAAAAACUUCUACCGCAUGUUCUUUGGGCAAAAAUUAUUUAAUUUAUACUAAGAAUUUUUUUUUUUAAUUUUCUUAGUUCUUAUCUGCGGAGAACCCUGUCAUACUUGUAUAAAUUAAGUGUAAAUUUGAAAUUAAGUGAUACAAAUGCAUGACAUUGUAAAACUGAUGGGAAUUUUAUCCACCCCAGAUAAAAAUUGCUUGAUAAAACCAUGAUUAUUAUAAAAAUUUCUGGUUAAAAAAACUGGUACCCGAAAUAAAGGGCACUGGUAUUCAAAUUGAGUUUUCUAAAUUUCUUUUUGAAUUUUUGUUUAAAAUAACCUUAUUCCUUUUACCAAUUUUAACCAUCUGGAAAAAGCUAUAGUCGUUCAUAAAAUAGUUUUAUAAGUUAAAAAAAUAUUUUGAAGCUAAUAAGAAUAAUUUGACCCAAAAACUUGAAAAUAGCUUGUUAAGUGCACACCUAAAAGCAUAUUUAUAUGGCAAGUAAAAGUAUCACGUUUACUGAAUAAGAUUUAUAAAUCAAAGUUGGUAUUGUGACCCGGCUAAGUAAAUAUUUGGUUUGCUUCCUAUUUGAUCAGAGAAAAAACAAAACUGAAAGCAUAUCAAUACAAUUCUUGAUUUUUAUGUGAUGUGACGGGAAGACAAUAAUCAAAGGUUUAUUCGGCCGGUUCGUUUAGAUUUUAGACUUAUUGGUCUCAAGACAUAUUAGUCGAUAGUCGUGUGGGGUUCUCGAUAUUGUGAUGACUUAAAAAGAAUAUGAUAAUUUUGGCAUCCGAAAGUAUACAUGGGAGAAAAGGAAACGGACAUUGGGUUACUGUUAUUAAUUAAACAUUGGAUUACUAUUAAUUCUGUUAUUUGUGUUGGUCACGGAUAUUAUUUUAUUUUAUUUUUUAAUUCGAAGUAAGUCACAACAUUUUUUAUUCCCGGGGAACUUAAGACUUUCAGAAACAUUUAAGCAAAAAUAAAAUAAUUUUUACACAAAAAAUCUAAUUGCAAAAUAUCUUAAUCAAAACACUUUUUAAUCGGAAUGUUGGCUCUAAUAGGUGAAAAUUUCUAUAAUUUAACAUAGCAUUUAGCUUGGCAAGUACUAGUUAUUAUCUCCAGUGAGUAUGUGCCAGUUUUUGGAUACAGUAAAUACCUAAGAUUUUCAAAGCCUUUUGUAAAAAAAAAAAUAAACUGAUAAGUUAUACAGGGUGUCCGGAAAGAAUAAGGCAUAAUUUCGUAUCAUACCUAGCAUAUUUAUAUUGAAUAUGCUGGGGAUUAGAACAUUUGGCUGUUUUUAUAUAAAAAGUCGGCUUUAUUGGUUCUAGUUUUCUAAAUGAACUUAUAUGUGGGAUCGUUUUUAUCAACCACUUACAAAAUAGGAAACUCUUGGAAUAACACAAUUACUUAGCAGUAAAGAAAUCUUGGCUUUCAUAUACUGUACAUAUUAUUAGAGCCAUUCUAAAAAAUGAAUUUUUGUGCCAUUUUAACUACACAUCACGUUCAUUAUUCGAUAGUUUUAUUUAAACUAUGAGAAAGCAUACAAGCAUAGCAAUACAAUGAGUUUUAUUCCAGAAGUAAUGAUUUACAUUAGAUUAAACCAUUUAUGUUAAUGAAAUAUGAUUUUUCGCCAAAAUCAGAAUUUUGUAUAACCACCUUUAGCAACCAACAUGGCUGCUAUACGACGAGGUAUGUUAUCAAUGCAAUUCUCAAUCUUUUUCUUAUCUCUACGUUAUGUUUCAGGGUUCAUUAAGUACACCAAUCAGAUACUGCUUGGUUGUAGGAACAUGCUCUGAAACUUCACGUUUUAUAAAGUCCCAAGCAUUCUCUAUAGGAUUCAUACCUGGAGAAUUUCCAGGCAAGUCAAAAAGGGCAAUUUGUUUUUUCUCUAAGUAUGUUGAUAUACGUUUAGAACAAUAGCACACUGCACCAUCGUGCAUAAAAAAAGGCUUCUCGCGUUUUUUGAACUAUUUUUUCAUUGUUGGAAAUAGCUGCAAUAAUCUUUCUUGAAUUUUUCAUUCAGUCGACGCUUAACAAACUUAGUCUUUUCGGCCAAUAGAGACUUAUUCGAGAAAUUUGCCUGUAAAAUACUAAAAAUACCUAAAAUUGGUACAAAUUUUACUUAAAUAUUGAAUUUAUAAUAGAAAUAUUUUUUAAAUUACUUUUCUCCGGUCUCAUCCUUUGUAAAAUUCUUAUACUGCGGGGACAAGACCUUCUUCACCUAACCAUCGACGCAUUGUUUGUUUAGAAACUUAUAUCCCUGAUUUAAUAAUCUGUUUUUCUAAAAUAUUCAGAUUCUAGAAGAUCAAUUUUUUUAAAUUUGCUUUACUGAACUUCAUGAAACAUUUAAACUUUCAGCUAUAUUAUACUAGCUCAGGUUUUUAGCCUUCAACAUACUGGCAAUCUGAUCAAUUCUAAUAGGAGACAAAUCACGUCGUUUACCCAUUCUAAAAAUAACAUAAUUAUUGUAAAUCGCAAGAGUAUUACAUUAUUUUUAUAAAAAUGUGUCAACACAUCAAUAAAAAACUUACCUCAACAAUGUUUGUGUAUUUCACGCAAUGGAAAUAGGUAUUUCACUCAAUAGAACCUGUUGCAAUGUAUUUGACGUCUAUUGAUUUAUUUAAAGUUUUUGAACGUGGUGACUGUAUGAGCAGUUACAUCCAGAAAUUCAAGAAUUAGUAACUUUACACUAAAAUUUAUAGUUUUAGAUUGAAAGUAAUAGUAUAAUUUGCUGCAAGAGUUACGUCUUUGUUUUAAACAUGUUUCAAGCUUUAUACAAGAAAUUAAUGUUUUAAAACAAAAUUAUCGAAACUAAAUGCGUUUACAAUUUUUUUCAAACGAUAUGCAUAUGCACCAGGCAUGGGAUUUUUUCGCAAUACCUGUUGAUAUAAGACAGUAACUUAUUGAGGUUUACAAAAGAAUCUUACUAUUAUCAGGUUCUAUGUCGCGAACAGUAAUCCAUCUAUGCAAAUUCCAUCAAUCAGAUCCAUGCAGUCAUCUAUUCUGUUACCCUACUUAAGAUAUUUCCGUCUAUGGUAAUAUCUAAACAUUUUCUAGUUUGUAUUUGGUUUGUCAUUGGCCGUAUUUUCCAAUAUCUGUCGUUUCUUUUUUCUUUAACGGUAUCAUCAUCCACUAAUUUGAUGCGUGUUGAUGCGACAAAAAAAAAAUUCUAGAAAUAUCAGAAAUAAUUGGUACUCUGUUAUCGAACUUGCAGAACAUCCUGAAUCUGCGGCCAAUUAUAAAUUUUAAUCGCAUGUCAGCUACAAAGAAAUGUUUAGUUUCUUCAGUGCUUGUGUCCAGUGAUUUUCUAUUUCUUUUUAGCUCCUUUAUCUUGGUGAACAUCGCUAUGGACUCAAAUAACUCAAUAAAUGAAUCAUCUAGAUAUUUUGAAAGUCUCUUGACUGCCAAAUCUCUUCUGGUAGCAUUGCUCUCAAUUUUCAAUUUUUUGGCUCAAAAUUGCUUCUCUUCAUUCUAAUUAAAGGUACAUCUUUAUCUAUCGCUAUUACUUCAUCAGGACUACCGUUAUCAAGGUCAUUAUUAAGAUAUAAUCGUUACUGUCUAUAAAUUUAUAUUAUUCGCAAGAUCUUGCAGUUCUGUAUCAGUGACCUUCACCGAAAAAAAUUAAUAAAAUAAGAGCAUUGUUUUGAGUAGUACCCAAGGUAUCACCAAUGGUUCCGAAGACAAGAGUUGUCUAUUAGAAUUCUGCAUAUCUGUCUUUGAAAUUCAAAAAAAAAUCAUAAAAAUAUCGCUUUUAUAUUACAUUUCAUGAUGUUAAUCCAAAUUUAAGGACAGAUAAACAUAUUCCUUGGAACAAGAAACAUGCGUCUACAUUAAUAUUAUGUGAAAAAUAAGAACCUUAACGUUAGUGCUUGAAAUAUAUUAUCUAAGAUAAAUAUUUAUUUGUUUUAAGCAACUAACUAUAACCACAAUAAAGACACUUUUAUUUACUUGAAUGAUUGUUUAAUUUAGAUUAAAAAAAUUAAACUGAGAAAAUAUUUGUAUGCUUAAUUGAAGAGAAUUUUUUUUCGGUGCAUCAGACCAUGGCCAAGUAGGUUUUUUACAUCAUAAGGAGAAUCAGGAAUGGACUAGCUACUAUGUCCUUUUUUUAAUACAUUUAAGCCGAGUUCGUUACUCAACAAAAAGUUGAAAUUAAAAUUAUAUUUUUUUAUUCUUAGGGUUUUUGUUAAUAGUAAAUUAUUUUGUUCCUCCCUGUAUAAUCCUGGAAUUAUGCCGGUCACUUACCGGACACUCUAUAUAUAAUAUCUAAAAAUUAUUAUGGCUAUAUUUUUAAUAAUUAUAAUAAAUAAAAGAUAAUAAUAAAUUAGAAUAGCAUAUUAUUGCGAUAAACUAAAUUAGUUUUAGGGGAUUUUAAUUUUUUUCAGUGUUUAAAUUAAUAACAAAAAUAUAUUUUUUUUUUAUAUGAAAUUUUUAUCUUAAAUAGGCUUAACAUUAGUAUUCAAUCAUCAAACCCCCUGCACUCUUUUUUUGAAAUAAAUAUUAAAAGUAUAAUUUUAGAAAAAGAUAAUUACAGUAGAAUUCCUCUUAACCGGUCACCUCGGGACUGCAUACCUGGCCGGUUAAUCCGAAGUGUACUUAUAUAUGUGUACAUAAUACAUAUUAUAUUAUGUUCAUUAUCUAUGUUAUGUACAUAAGUAUAUGUAUUGAAGAGGGUAUUACACAUAUAUAUGAACAUAAUAAAUAUAAAAUAAUGGAGAAAUAUUCUUUAUAUAAUUAUGUAUUUCAUAUUUACCUACAUGAAGGUGCUACAUCAACAAAUAUACAUAUGUAUGUAAGUUUAAUAUGUAAUUAUUUUUUGAAAAAGUCUGUGAUUUUCUUCUGCUUUUCAACCUUCAGUGAAUUUCUGAAUGCGAUAUCCCUCCAUUUUCUAAUCACCAAAACGUCUAAUGCUGUUGACUCAUGUUGCUGCUCAAUGUAUUUUAAUGCAAGUUCCAUUACAUUUUUGGCUUCUUCAUGAGAAAUCGUUUUUUCCUCUUCAAUGUCACUACUCUCAUCAUAUUCCUCUGGUUCUUCGGUUGCUAAAUCUAUGAUUUCUUCAUCAUUCAAAAAUUCAUUUUCAAGGUGAUCGUCACAACUUAUCAUCCAAUUUUCCACAUCUUCUGGUUGCUAUGCUUCGUUACCCGUUAACUUUUGAAGGUCUUGUAGAGUGGAUUUGUUUUCUUCUUCUUUAGUCCCUGCAAUAUUCGAGAUCGCAACUAGAUUCUCAACAUCUGGCCAAAGUUUUCUCCAAGAUUUAAUAAACGUUGAAGAGGGCAUUUCUUGAAAUGCUGUAGCUAACAUAUAGAUAACGUCCUUGAUAUUGAUCUUUUUGAUGACUUCUAAAAGACCUUUGUCGUCACUCUCCGAGUGUUGCAGAAUUUCAGAAACAAGUUUACGCCUCUAUCGUCUUUUUAAGCUUUCGAUGACUCCUUGGUCCAUUGGUUGCCCUAAGCUUGUCACAUUAGGAGGAAGAUAAACUAAUUUUAUGUCAUCUACAUCGCAGUCAUGAGGAUGGGUUGGAGCAUUAUCUAACACUAGAACUGCUUUGAUAGGCAAGUUAACACUUUUUACAUGUUUUUUAACUCUUGGAACAAACUCUAAAUUAAACCACUCUUUAAACAGGUCUGAAUUCAUCCACACUGAUUUUUGUGACAUAAUAGACCGGAAGGGACGAUGGCUUCAAGUUUUUGAAUGCCUGUGGUUUAGCAGACUUGCCAAUAACGAAAAGAGGAAUUUUAUGAGUCCCGCUGCAUUCGAACAAACGGCCACUGUAAUACGUUCUUUGUUCUUUUUAAAGCCAGAGGCAGACUGUUUAUGACUGCCUAGAAAAGCUUUUUCUGGUAACAUUUUAAUGUUUAGCCCGGUCUCGUCCAUACUAUAAACUUAUUCUGGAGAUAAUUCCUCUGUUUUAACCAUUUCACCAAACUCAGUCUUGAAUUCUGUCGCACCUGAAGUAUCAGCAAACAGUUUUUCUCCACUUACAUGUGCGAAAUGAAUUCCGUGUCGCUUUUUCCAUCGAUUAAGCCAACCAUCACUUGCCACAAAUUCGCCUCCAUUAUUAAUCUUCUGGUGGAUAGCCAGAGCUUUUUCUUUCAAAAUUGGGCCGCCAAUCGGUGUACCUUUUCGACGUUCCUGAAGAAACCAGAUCCACAAAGCUUCAUCGACGACCUCGCAAAUCGGUUUUUUUCUCGUACAACGGCUGCCCAGAUUCUUAUCAGAAUCCAUUUUCGAACAAAACUCUUCAAUCGAAUGCAUAUAUCUCUUCGCCAGUCAUUUACAGUGCUUUUUCCAACAUUAAAUUCUGCACAGAUUUUCGCCACAGAUUCACCAUUAUCAAUCCGCUUUAACACUUUUAAACGUGUAUCCAUCGAAACCACAAUUCUUUUGCGCUUUGCACUCAUUGUUAAGGAAAUAGUUAUAUUUUGUACGCACCCACAGCCAGAACAAACCAUACUGAUCCAAACGACAAAAUAAUCCUAUCCAACAUCGUUUAUAGUUCAUAGGGAUUUCUCCGUAAUUACGGUGGAAUCAGCCGAAUCGCCUCGCCGGUGAAUUUCUUGGAAAAUAUUGCGUUGCGUUCGGCUGUUGUAAACAGGCCGGUUAAUCCGUCGACCGGUUAAUGCGAAGCCGGUUAAGAGGAAUUAUACUGAAUAUUUGAAAAAUAGAAAGUACUUAUAGAAAGAAUAGGUUGGGAAGUCUUGUUAUUGAAAUAUUAUGACUUUAUAUGAUUCUGAGGCAUUUUUUUAUUACCUUUCUCGUAUACAGGGCGUUUUCAUAACUAAAUGUCAGUUUUAUAUUAAGACACUCAGUUUAAAUAAACAGAUAUCCUCAUCUUGCUUUGCUCUUGAUCUUUUUAAUAAUCUUCUCAAUAAAAUAAACUACUAUACAUGUUUUUUGCAAUUCACCAAUUUUUUCAGAUACAGAAUUUAAAAAUUUGUAUGGUUUUGGUUUUCUUUAUCCUUUAGGCGGUUGCCACCGAUAUCUAAAACAGGAAAAUUUCAUAGAAGCGUAUUCAUUUCCAUGAAAUCUUCGUUUUAUAUAAGCACAUUCGUUUUAAAAUUGGUAUUUAGUAAUGAAACACUUAUGAUUUUUUUUUCACAUAUGAUUUUUUAAAAAAAUUUUAGCUAUAACAAUAAUAUCAAUCCAUCUGACUAGAUAAAAUGUAAGAAUGAAUUUUUAAACAACCUUCUUACAUUUUAAGACUCUCCCUUACAUUUUAAGACUCUCCCGAUGAGUUCAACAUUAUUAUUCCAGUUUUUCACUUUUAAAUACAAUACAAAAAAUCAAAUUGAGAAACAAAUUUGGGUUUUUACAUGAAAAAUUUUUUUUUAUUAACAAGCGUUUGAAUACAUAUUUGCCAUCAAAUGCCAAAAAUUCAGAAGUUAAUUUUUGUAUGUAAAAAAUGUUGUACUACCUGAUAUAUUUUAGAUGAUUAAUAAGUUAAGUUGCCCUGUAGAGUUGGACUUUUCAUACCCUCCCAACAGGACAAUAAUUAAUAAAAACAGUCUGCGACCCAAGAAAACUAUAAAAUCAAAUAAAAUAUCCAAAAAAUUCUUAAAAUAACUAUCCACAAAUGCAUACAAUGGUUAAAAUUCUUGGUUGCCUAUUAAUCUGUCAAUUUGCGUGAUAAAAAGCGAGUCUAAUAUACUUACUUGGCAAACUCCUGAACCUAUUUUAUAUUAAUCGAUAAUUUUGACCCGUUAUAAAGCAAAGCAAAAGACAGAGCCUAGAAAGGAAAUCAUUUUUAUUAGUGGUUUGAAGAUUUUACAAAUUUGCGCUUAAAGCUGUGUCAUUUUUAGCUUAAAUGUAAGUGUCCGCGGUAUCACUUUAUUUUUAUAAGACUGCCAGAUUUCCGAUUUAAAAUAUAAAUAUCUAAAAAUGUGUUCUUUUAUUAUUUAUUAACGGAAUAAUUAGUAAUUUUACUUAGUUUAUAUUAUUAUUCGACAGGUAAAUUAACCUAAUAGUUUUAUAUGACGAUAAGUUUAUCGAUUUAUUGAAAAGAUUCAAAUUUUGCCUUUAAAUUUAGUAUUUUUUUCCCAAUUUUUUCAUUAUAUUUUUGUGAACAUAAUAUAUAUUUAGUGGCAUUAAGACUAAUCUAGUUUUAUAUUUAUAAAUUAUAACUAACGAAUUAAGAAGCUGGAGAAUAAAAUAUAUUUAAACUAAUUUAUACUGGAAGUGUACCUAGAGUUUUUGUCACGCACGGAUCACAAACCUAUUUACGUUAUGGUAUAUUGUUAAUUUAAUAUUUCUUUUUGUCAGUAUAAGACGAUCCUUAUCAGAUGGUUUGUUAAUAGAAAAAGUACACAACGGUAAA